GGGCGCGGCGGAGCGCGGCUGGCGUCGGCCCGGCCCGGCGGGAUUAAGUUUCCCGGUCACGCGUGAGUGUCGGUGCGCGUCUGUCCCGCCGUGACUGCAGAGGGGAGCGCGGGCCACCCCGGCUCCUGGUCCUCUCGUAACCCAGUCUGUCCGGGGCACCCUCGGCUGAGCCUGGCGUUUUGUUUCAGUCACUGUUUUAAUCAUUAUAGAAGAACAUUGAACUUUGAAAAAUAUGUUGGAAACCGUAGACAAAAACCGAGCCCUGCAGGCAGCAGAGCGCUUGCAAGCCAAGCUACGAGAACGUGGGGAUGUAGCAAAUGAAGAAAAACUGAGCCUUCUGAAGUCAGUUCUGCAGAGUCCACUCUUCAGCCAGAUUCUGAAUCUUCAGACUUCUAUACAGCAGCUGAAGGACCAGGUAAACAUUGCAACUCCAGCAACUUCAACUGUUGAACAAACCCACAUUCCUCAUCUUAAUUCUGCUGUGAUUCCGACUCUACCAAAUGAAUCCUUCUUAUUAUCUGCUAAUAAUGGGAAUCUGGAAGCACUUACAGGGCAUGGUACUCCACACAUCAAUGGGAAACCAGCUUGUGAUGAGCUGGAUCAGCUGAUCAAAAAUAUGGCUCAGGGUCGCCAUGUGGAAGUUUUUGAGCUCCUCAAACCUCCAUGUGGAGGCCUUGGGUUUAGUGUUGUGGGGCUCAGGAGUGGAAACAGGGGAGAGCUGGGAAUAUUUGUGCAAGAGAUCCAAGAGGGCAGUGUGGCUCACAGAGAUGGAAGACUGAAGGAAAACGAUCAGAUCCUUGCUAUCAAUGGACAAGUUCUUGAUCAGACAAUUACACACCAGCAGGCUAUCAAUAUCCUACAGAAGGCUAAAGAGACUGUCCAGCUAGUUAUUGCCAGAGGCUCCUUGCCCCAGGUCAUCAGCCCCCGAGUGUCCCGGUCUCCAUCUGCUGCCAGCACCGUCUCUGCUCACUCGAAUCCGGUUCACUGGCAGCAUGUGGAAACAAUUGAACUGGUGAAUGAUGGAUCCGGUCUGGGUUUUGGCAUCAUUGGUGGUAAAGCAACUGGUGUGAUAGUCAAAACUAUCCUGCCUGGAGGAGUAGCUGAUCAGCAUGGGAGGUUAUGCAGUGGAGACCACAUUCUCAAGAUUGGUGACACAGAUCUGGCAGGAAUGAGCAGUGAACAAGUAGCACAAGUCCUUAGACAGUGUGGAAAUAGAGUUAAGUUGAUGAUUGCAAGAGGUGCCGUGGAGGAAACAACAGCACCCACCACUGUGGGAAUCUCUUCCUCCCCGUCUUCUGCUCCAGAUAUGCGGGUUGAUGCCUCUACUCAAAAAAGUGAAGAAAGUGAGACCUUUGAUGUGGAACUCACUAAAAAUGUCCAAGGAUUAGGAAUUACAAUUGCUGGUUAUAUUGGAGACAAAAAAUUAGAACCUUCAGGAAUCUUUGUAAAGAGCAUUACAAAAAGCAGUGCUGUUGAACAUGACGGAAGAAUCCACAUUGGAGACCAGAUCAUAGCAGUGGAUGGCACAAGCCUUCAGGGAUUUACUAAUCAACAGGCAGUUGAGGUGUUGCGACACACCGGGCACACCGUACGCCUGACACUAAUGAGGAGAGGGAUGAGGGAGGACGCAGAGACCACACCAAGGGAGGACAUCACAGCAGACCCUGAAAUGUCUCUGGCAGUAGCCAGCGUAAGCAAAGAAAACUAUGAAAAAGAUGAAGAUUCCUUAUCAUCGAAGAGGAACACCAGCAUAUUACCAAUUGAAGAAGAAGGGUAUGCAUUGCUGUCUGCUGAGGUAGAAGAAACAGAAGAUGCACAGCAACAAGAAGCUACCCUGCUGACAAAGUGGCAGAGGAUCAUGGGAAUUAACUAUGAGAUAGUGGUGGCCCGUGUGAGCAAGUUUAGCGAGAGCAGUGGGCUGGGUAUAAGUCUAGAGGCAGCGGUGGGACAUCAUUUCAUCAGAUCCGUGCUACCUGAGGGGCCCAUUGGACACAGUGGGAAGCUCUUCAGUGGGGACGAGCUACUGGAAGUGAAUGGUGUAACUUUGCUUGGAGAAAAUCACCAGGAUGUGGUCAAUAUUUUAAAAGAAUUACCUAUAGAAGUGACAAUGGUGUGCUGCCGUCGAACUGUGCCAUCCACCGGCCAUUUAGAAUUGGAUACCCUGGACUUCACUGAUACUGAGAUAACAGAAAAGCCUCAUGUAGAUCUAGGUGAGCUCAUUGGGUCUUCAGAAACAGAGGACCCACUGCUGGUGCUGACUGAAGCCGGUCAGAAUGUGGAGGAGGUCCAAGCACCUUUGGCCAUGUGGGAGGCUGGUGUUCAGUACAUAGAGCUGGAGAAAGGAAGCAGAGGCCUUGGUUUUAGCAUUUUAGAUUACCAGGACCCAGUUGACCCAGCAAGCACUGUGAUUGUCAUUCGUUCUCUGGUGCCUGGUGGCAUUGCUGAGAAGGACGGGCGCCUUCUUCCUGGAGAUCGGCUCAUGUUUGUCAAUGACAUUAGCUUAGAGAACAGCAGUCUGGAAGAAGCUGUGGAUGCACUGAAGGGAGCCCCAGCUGGAACUGUGCGGAUAGGCGUGGCCAAGCCAUUACCUCUUUCUCCAGAAGAAGGUUAUGUGUCUGCUAAGGAGGAUUCUUUUUUCUACCCACCUCACCCCUGCGAGGAGCCAGGGCGAUCUGACAAAGGCCUCUUCAGGGCUGACUUAGCUCUGGUGGAGACACCAGAGGGUGAAUUAGUAGAUGAAUCUACUUUUGCAUCUCAGUACUCUCUGGAUAAGGACAGCGUCUACUCUACUCAAGCCUCUGUUUUGUCUCUUCAUGGCAGUGUUUGUAGUGAUGGCCUCAACUAUGGCCCCUCCCUUCCAGCAUCUUCUCCCAAGGAUAUUAGUGAAGAAUCUGAUCCAGCACUUGAUCUGCAUAUGUCCUUGGAAGAGCUUUAUGCCCAGAAUCUCCUGCAGAGACAGGAUGAGAAUCCACCUUCAGUGGAUCUGAGCAUGGGGACUGUUUCUGGCUUCACCAUGAAUGAUUAUACCCCUUCAAAUGCUAUGGAGCAGCAGUAUGAAUGUGAAAGCAGAAUAGCUUGGACUGAGUCUCAGUUACCCAGUGAUGUGAUGCCAUGCACUGACCUCGCUUCUCCUGAGCUACUUGAUUCAACUGGAAAGGGUUCUGAGUAUUUGAUUGAACAGCGCUCCCUGGCCUGUAAUGCCGAAAGUGUCAUACUGCAGAAUAUGUCCAAAGAAUCUUUUGAGAGGACUAUUACUAUAGCAAAAGGCAAUUCUAGUCUAGGGAUGACAGUAAGUGCUAAUAAAGAUGGCUUGGGGAUGAUUGUUCGAAGCAUUAUUCAUGGAGGUGCCAUUAGUCGAGAUGGCCGGAUUGCUAUUGGGGACUGCAUUUUGUCUAUCAAUGAAGAAUCUACCAUCAGUUUAACCAAUGCCCAAGCACGAGCCAUGUUGAGAAGACAUUCUCUCAUUGGACCUGAUAUAAAAAUUACUUACAUACCUGCAGAACAUUUGGAGGAAUUUAGAAUAAGCUUGGGACAGCAAUCUGGAGGAAUAAUGGCCCUGGAUAUUUUUUCUUCAUACACUGGAAGAGACAUUCCAGAAUUACCAGAACGGGAAGAAGGAGAAGGAGAAGAAAGUGAACUUCAGAAUGCAGCCUAUAGCAAUUGGAAUCAGCCCAGGCGGGUUGAACUUUGGAGAGAACCAAGCAAGUCCUUGGGCAUCAGCAUUGUUGGUGGACGAGGUAUGGGGAGUCGUCUAAGCAAUGGAGAAGUUAUGAGAGGCAUUUUCAUCAAACAUGUUCUUGAGGAUAGUCCAGCUGGCAAAAAUGGAACCUUGAAACCUGGAGACAGAAUAGUAGAGGUGGAUGGAAUGGACCUCAGAGAUGCAAGCCACGAGCAAGCUGUGGAAGCCAUUCGGAAAGCAGGCAGCCCUGUAGUCUUUAUGGUACAGAGCAUUAUAAACAGACCGAGGAAAUCCCCUUUGCCUACCUUGCCGCACAACCUUUACCCUAAGUACAACUUCAGCAGCACUAACCCAUUUGCUGACUCUCUCCAGUUCACCGCUGACAAGGCACCCAGUCAGUCAGAGCCAGAGCCAGAGCAAGAGCCAGAGCCAGAGCAAGCUCCAUUGUGUGGUAGGCCUUCACCAUCUCCUUCAGCAUUGGCAGAAAUGGAUAGUGAUCACACACAGUCAGCUGCAACCACAGUCUCAGAAGAUGUGGACCAGGAGGAUGAGUUUGGUUACAGCUGGAAGACUAUCAGAGAGCGUUAUGGAACCCUAGCAGGAGAGCUCCAUAUGAUUGAACUGGAAAAAGGUCGUAGCGGUUUGGGUUUAAGUCUUGCUGGAAAUAAAGAUCGAACCAGAAUGAGUGUUUUUAUUGUGGGGAUUGACCCAAAUGGAGCAGCAGGGAGAGACGGACGAUUGCAGGUUGCAGAUGAGCUUCUGGAGAUCAAUGGCCAAAUUUUAUAUGGAAGAAGUCAUCAGAAUGCUUCAUCAAUCAUCAAAUGUGCUCCUUCUAAAGUAAAAAUAAUUUUUAUAAGAAAUAAAGAUGCUGUGAGUCAGAUGGCUGUAUGUCCUGGAAGUACAGUAGAAACUCUGUCUUCUGCCUCAGAGAAUCUUCAAAGCAAGGAGGCAUUUGUGGAACCAAAUGUUACUACUUCUGAUGCAACUGUGGACUUCAGUUUAUUCAAAAAUGUGCACCAUCUAGAGCUUCCCAAGGAUCAAGGGGGUUUGGGCAUUGCUAUCAGUGAAGAAGAUACCUGCAGUGGAGUCAUCAUAAAGAGUUUAACGGAGCAUGGGGUAGCAGCCAAGGAUGGACGACUCAAAAUUGGAGAUCAGAUCUUGGCUGUGGAUGAUGAAAUUGUUGUUGGCUAUCCUGUUGAAAAGUUUAUUAGCCUUCUGAAGAUAGCAAAGACAACAGUAAAACUGACAGUUUGUGCUGAGAAUCCAGAUUCCCAAGCAGCUGGUGCAGCCAAUGGAGAAAAAAAGAUCAGCUCCAAGCCUCCUGCAGUCCCACAGUCUGGUGCCUCUGAACUGGAACAGGAGCCCAUGCGAAGUUCCAGCAGGUCAUCAACACCAGCGAUCUUUGCUUCUGAUCCUGCAACCUGCCCCAUUAUCCCUGGCUGUGAAACAACAAUUGAGAUUUCCAAAGGGCGCACGGGUCUGGGCCUAAGCAUUGUUGGGGGAUCUGACACAUUGCUGGGUGCCAUUAUUAUCCAUGAAGUUUAUGAAGAAGGUGCAGCAUGUAAGGAUGGAAGACUUUGGGCUGGAGAUCAGAUUUUAGAGGUGAAUGGAAUUGACUUGAGAAAGGCCACACAUGAUGAAGCAAUCAAUGUCCUGAGACAGACACCACAAAGAGUGCGGCUAACCCUCUAUCGAGAUGAAACCCCAUACAAAGAGGAGGAUGUGUGCGAUGCCCUUACCAUUGAGCUACAGAAGAAGCCUGGAAAAGGCCUGGGAUUGAGUAUUGUUGGUAAAAGAAAUGACACUGGGGUGUUUGUGUCCGACAUUGUCAAAGGAGGAAUUGCAGAUGCUGAUGGAAGACUGAUGCAGGGAGACCAGAUACUGACUGUGAAUGGAGAAGAUGUCCGUAAUGCCACUCAGGAAGCCGUUGCUGCUUUGCUGAAGUGUUCCUUAGGCACAGUGACCCUGGAAGUUGGUAGAAUGAAAGCUGGCCCAUUUCAUUCAGAGAGGAGGCCUUCUCAAAGUAGCCAGGUGAGUGAAGGCAGCCUGUCAUCUUUCACUGUUCCUCUGCCUGGAAUAAGUACAUCAGAGACACCAGAAGGUAGCUCAAAGAAGAAUGCAUCAGCAUCUGAAAUACAGGGGUUAAGAACAGUUGAAAUAAAAAAGGGGCCUACUGAUUCACUGGGGAUCAGCAUUGCUGGAGGAGUGGGCAGCCCUCUAGGGGAUGUUCCAAUAUUUAUUGCAAUGAUGCACCCAAACGGUGUGGCAGCUCAGACGCAAAAGCUCAGAGUUGGUGAUCGGAUUGUCACUAUAUGUGGGACAUCCACAGAAGGAAUGACUCACACUCAAGCAGUCAGUUUGCUGAAAAAUGCCUCAGGCUCCAUUGAAGUACAGGUGGUUGCUGGAGGCGAUGUGAGCGUGGUCACAGGGCAUCAGCAGGAGCCUGUCAAUUCAAGUCUUUCUUUCACUGGACUCACGUCAAGCAGUAUAUUUCAGGAUGAUUUAGGACCUCCGCAGUGUAAAUCUAUUAGCCUAGACCGAGGACCAGAUGGCUUAGGCUUCAGCAUAGUAGGAGGAUAUGGCAGCCCUCAUGGAGACUUACCCAUUUAUGUUAAAACUGUGUUUGCAAAGGGAGCAGCCUCUGAAGAUGGCCGUCUAAAAAGAGGUGAUCAGAUCAUUGCUGUCAAUGGGCAGAGUCUAGAAGGGGUAACCCAUGAAGAAGCUGUGGCCGUCCUUAAACGGACAAAGGGCACUGUCACAUUGAUGGUACUUUCCUGAAUUGACUACCAGAACUGAACCAAUCCAACACCUCUGUCACCUCCCACUGUAAGGGGACUGGUGCUGGUCUUGUGGAUGAUAUUUCUUAUGCUCUAGUCAUGGGCCUUCAAAAUAGUAGAGGAAAAAAAAUAAUAAGGUUGUUUUCCAAGUAUGGAAAUAGUUACUCCACUGAAAACUCAAAGUCAUUUUUCUUUUCUCCUUGCUUCCUGUGAAGCUAAGCUCAAAGAAAGGAAUUGUUGCAUAGGUUUUCCAUUAAAGCUACUGCUUUGUAUUUACAUGUACAGAAAUUAUUGUGUGCUCAUCUUGGUAGUAGAGAGAGAAAAGGUAAUUCUAAAGCUAGCUAAGAGAAGUGGCUAUUCAGAUGAGAAAUGAAAACAAUGGGGAAAAUGUUGGGUAGUUUUAUAAAAAUGCCUCAAUUUGGCAAUCCAACUAUCUUCCCUACUGCAAACUUUAAAAAUCAUAUUCAAAAAUUCAAAUGCCCUUUUAUCAGCUUUAAGUAUUGCCUGUUACAAAAAAAUUACUUCUCCCUACUUCUCACACACUUCUUUUCUGCUAAAAUUAGUUUCUAUGAUUGAAGGACUGGUGAAUAUAUGAACUUUUCCUAAUUUUGUCUAGAAAAAAAUAUUUAAUUUACAAGUGGAUGUUUAUUUUUGUUUUUUAACCUGUUAUAAAGUAUUUUCAUACUGCUGUAAGUAAAUGAAGAUGCUACUCCAUGUUGACAAUGGGUUUUCUAGAAAGUAAGAAUGCUAAACAUGGAGGAACAUGGGAGCCAAGAUCUUGGAGUGCUGAUGUUAACAACUGAGAUAACCCUGAAAAUGUGUUUAUAUGUUGUGUAAUUGUUUUUCAAUUAGUAUUGAUCUUAAUGACAGACGAAAAAACAAUGUGUUAGUUAUUACUUUGGUUGUAUGUGAUUAGUGAGUUGAUAGAAAAAUGAACCGAAUUAACAUAACUUCAUUUGAUUGCCUUAUAUUAACGUUUAUAAUACAAUAGUUUAAGACUAAGAGAGACAGAUGGAGCUGUUUAUUGAGACAACUGGCAAGAUAUUAUCAUGUGUUCAUUCCCAUUUUAGAGCGUGAAACUCCUACAUUAGAAUAUAUAAAGUUGCUUUAAAUAUUAUCUAUAUUUGUAACAGAAGUAGUGUACAGAUAUUUUAUUACAGCAUUUUUGUGUAAAUGCAGAAUUAAAGUCAAUAAAUAAGUUUCAGUGCACA